UUAGAAUAUAUAGCUCUUUAACUGCCCCUUUUUAACAGCUGUGCCUUGGAAGAGUUGACCAAUUUGUGGUUGAAAAUUUUACAGUAAAUUAAAAAAGCCUGAAAAUUCACUUUGUGCUUUCCCACUGCAUGUUGUUCUCUCUGUAUGCACCUCUCUGUACCUCUUCAUUUUUUCAUACAUCUUAUUCUGAAAAUUUCCAUAACGGUUACUGAUAUUUGAGAUUAAUGAAUGUUUCUUUAAGUGAUCUCCUAAGUGGCUUCAAAAACAAUCGCUGAUUUAGUGUAUAAUCUAUAGCUUUAUAUCACAAUUCAAUUAAAUAGGUGGAACUUUUUCUUAUUUUGCAAAAAUACACUGGAAACUUAGAAACUAGGUCUUAAAAACCUGCGUAAAUCUGAGACCAGAAAGUCUUCUCACAGCCAACCAAGUAAUAUGAAGAAUAAACUCAGGAGCUGAUGUUGAUCUGGUGACAGGCAAUGGAAAGAGUUAACUGCAGUUCCUAGAGAAGGCUCCAGACUGCCGGCUUGUGGUGAAUGUAGCAACACUGAUGUAGGAAUGGUCUAAAGACACAGAUUCGCCAUAGUAUGCAGUCUGAAGUGUUCACAUGUGAAAGAACAUGGUCAUUUGGCAAGAUAAAUACUAGGAAGGUUUGUGCAAGGCAUCUUGACAGAAAGAAACAAAAAUGUUUUCUAUUUAACUUCAGAAGAGUAUUUUUUUUCUGUGUUUUUUCCCAUUUACGCCUUUAUAAACUUGUUUAUUCACAGUAUCUGAAACAGAUAACAUAUUUAUUUGCAUGUGUAACUGAAACUGGUAUGAAUUAAAAGUGAUAUGACAUUAAAUGAAUAUAACAAAGAGACUUCUUAGUCCAGUCUCUGGAGCAGACUUCCAGUACGUGGGUCAUAGAGUCAUAGAAUAGUUAGCAUUGGAAAGGAACCUUAAGAUCAUCUAUUUCCAAUCCCAUGCUAUGGGCAGGGAUACCUUACCCUACAGCCUGUUACGUUUUGUAGAUUAUUGUAAAGCUAAGAGAGCAUGCUCCUAAAGAAACUUGAGUUCUCUGAAGAACAGGUGUUACAGGUUCAGAGAAGAAGGAAAUGUCACUGCAAUAACCGUAAGUAUCCAACUUUCUGUCAUUCUCAAUAUUGGUGUGUGCACUAAACUCGGAAGGCUCCCAGGGAGGGUAUAAUAAGAGUUUAAAACCAGUUGGAAACUAGAUUAAAAUCUUGUAUCCCUUCCUAGUGUGACAGAACUUAAAAUGUGCCUUAAAUAUACCUAUUUCUCUGUUAAUAUUAUGUGAUUAUUGUAGAUGUUUAGCUGAUGCAGACAGAGCUUUGUGUUCCGACGUUCCAAAGUCUCUUCAGCCACUGAGUCACAUUUUAAUCUGAUUUUUUUGCUACCUUCCAUCCAUUUCUUUCUUGAUAGUAAAGGUAACACAGAUACUGCAUUCAUAAGUCAAUGUAGUUCUGUCUUUUUGAAUUUAUAUACCUUUGGAAACAUUAAAUGUUACAAUGGCAUAUUGAUACUACCAGUGCUAACCAUUUUUCUGCUCUUUAUCUCCAAACCUGCUCUGAUAAGCUUAUUUUCCUUACUGAAUCACUCAAACCUUUCGCUUCACCUCUAGCAACUUCAUCAUCAGUGGUGCGUUUUCCAUAUGAAAUCAUGAAGACAAAAACUAUAUCAAGAAGUAAUAGUUUUUAAGUCAAGCACAAAGAAUUGCUGCCUUUUGUAUAAGCUGAGGUAAUAUAGUUAAAAUGAUCUCUUUUCUUCUUUGUAUAGACUGCAGCCUUUUCCAGGACGCUAUCUAGACACAGCCAACUUGAUCAAAACCUCAAAAUAGAGAUCAGAAGUACUAAAUUUGGAUGUUGAAUUCAGUAUCAGAGUGAUAUUAUUUCUAAGAACACUUAACAAAGGCUAGUAGUUACAUAUUUAGCAUACAUACCCUAUUAACUUCAGUAGGCACUUGGCUCUGCUUAUCAGAUCCAAGGUGUCAAGUUGGGUGCUCAUAUAAAGAACGAGCAAUUACACAGUAGUUGUGAGCAACUUUAAGCAGCAUUCACUGCCAAAACCAUGAUGCCUUUGUACUUUUACAUAAUUAUCUCAUUUGUUACAAACACAAUUGGGUCUAAUCUCUUUAUAGUCCUGGAUUUAUAGCACGUCAGAGGUGUACACUGUUGGUUUUUGACUUGGAAUUGAGCAUAUGAUAGCAUGUUCACAGGACUUACUCAUACUUGCCCUUCAUGUGCAGCAAGUAUGGUGCUGGAAUAUGUCUUUCAGGAAUGCUCAGUUUGAAGUUCCUGUUCUAGCAUUUUUUGAGCUUAUUGAGAUUCUGUCUGCAUUAUGAAGCCAAAUUAUGUAUCAGAACUGAUCUACUUAUGUGUGAGCUUGGAAGAUCUUUUUUCUUUUUUUUUUUUUUAGCCAGCAUCAAGCACUGACUGAAGUGGUAAACGUGGCUGAGAUAAAGCAAAGAAAACAUGUAGAGCUCAUUACUGUUUGUUAAAUGAUACAUAUGAGUUGGGUCUUUGAACAGAGGAAGCUACAGGCUGUGUCCAGUUCUCCUGUUUCGGGUUUUUUUGUGGAUGUCAUGUAUUGUGUCUUGCUUCUGACUUAAUCACUCUGUUCUUCCUCCCCUGAUUUUGAUGUUACCUUGCUAUGUAGUCUUUCCCCAUGUAAAUGAGGUUUUAGUUCUGAAUGGGCCCAUCUAUUUGGGGAUUUCUUUUGCAGUAAAUGACUAGGGAUUCUAACAGCAAAGCUUACUCUGUUGCAUACUGCCUUAAUCAUCUGCAGACCAGGUUUGUUCUUUAGAAUGAAUGAGGAUGAGGUAGUAAAGUAAUUAAGACUGGAUUUGUGUCUCAUUGGUGAUUGAAUUUUAACUUAAUUAUACUAAGGCUAAAGUAUUAACUCAUGGUAAACAUUGGAGAUUGUUUCUUGGAGAUACAUAUUUGUGAGUGACCUAACUAGGAAAACAACUUCAUUCUGAGUUUAUACUUCAUCAUAUUACACUUGCAACCUUUGUUAUUGACAGCAAGGAAUUGAGAAUAGAGAAAUCUCUCAAACAGAUUUAAUAAAUAAAAUAAGCCUUAUCUAUUGUUCAACUUCAUGAAGGUGGUAACUUUUCUUGGAUUGGAUGAAGGCUGUGUAGGGGGUCUUUUCCAGUGAAGAGGAAAGGAUCAGGAAAUAGAAAAGGAUUAUCUGAAAGAGUAAUAAUUAAUUUGCAGUAAUGUUGUUUUCAUGGGUUAUGCUGGCUUAAGCAGUUACCUGUGUUUGUACUAAAUUAAUCAAUACCUGAUGAGGAUAACCAAAGGGAGAAACUGGAAGUACAAAUACUGAAAUGGAUGUUUGAUUUGAGAAAAAUAUUGUGAUACUUGUAUAGAGAGCACUUUGGUUUCCCCUCACUGUGGCUGCCUUUGGCAAAAAUUUUCAAUUCACAUAGCUGCUUUUAUUUGUUGCAUUAACUUUUUAUAAAUUCAGUCUUUAUCUGCUGCUAAGGUUUUGUCAGCGCGUCUUGCAUAAAAAGAAGUGAAAAUCCAAUGUAAAUUGUUUAGAUGCAGUGUUUUGUAAUUCUUUGGUAGGCAAGCAUGAUAUUUUUAGAGCUUUUCACAUAACAAUUAUUGUUCUGCUUCUUGAUUCCUACCCAUUACCCCUGACAUUUUGUCUUUGCCUAUAACUCAUAUCAGUUUGUUAUGCUAUGUAAAUUGACAGACAUUCCAAUUCUGAACAUGCAGCUUCUCCUGUCAGCUAAACUAAUGAUGGUGAAUAACUAGGGAUGCUGAACAGGCACUGGAUUUAUUUUCCUGAUGCCUCCCUGGUGCUGGCAGUCGUUUUCAUCUGAUUGUACAGGGAGGCAGUCCUGGGAGCUAAACAGAAACUUGGUGACUUGUUAAUGAAGGGUUAUGCUGAUGGCAGGUACCGUUUGGCAGGAAUAGCCUCCCAUAAAGACCUUUGCAGGUGGAGUUACUAUGCAGAACACAAUAAAGGUGCCAAACUGUAAACACUAGGAAUUGAAUAAUUAAUGCCAAAGAGGCAAUGACAGGAGAGAAGGGGAAUACUGUUCCCUUAUUUAUGGCUUUCUGCUCUUCUGUAAACAGCAACGUUAUUACACAUAAGAGUGCAAAUAACUCUGCUCCAGGGGUUUAUGUGUGAUAAAAUAAUCUCCAGUAGAUAGCAGUUUUGCUAUUUAGAAGAUCUGCAGGUGAGUAUAUGGGCAAGUUUCGUGCUUUUGUUGCAGCAUUUUGUAAUUUGGGCAUUGUGUUGAACUGUAGUUUACAUAUGCUUUCAUGUAUAUCCUAAUACUGAAGGUUUUCAUUGUUUAUUUUUUUAAAUCUUUGCAGUGUCCAUAGGGGUGAGCUCAAGCUUUGCAUUGCAUUAUACAACACUGAGGAGCACAUCUGGUUGACAGCAUCUUGUAACUGCAAAAUCCCAAAUGUACAUGAUGCUAAAAGGAUUCAAGCUAGAUAGUGGAAGGGUAAGUAAGGCAGGAAGUAAGUUUCCUGUCAGUUGUGUAUCUCAGUGAUGUGCUUAACAUAUCUUUCUGUCUGCAAGUGACAGUCUACGUACCUCUUCUUGCAGUAGGUGACUCCAAGAAGUAAUUGCCACAAAUGCUUAUAUGGAAAUGGGGUGAGGGCUUUGUGUAGCAGCUGUACAGCUUGAAGACCACUCUGUCAAAUGAUCUUUAGGUAUUAUCUAUAGAUAACAUUCCAUAGGACUGCUUUGCAGAUGCAGCUCACAGAGUUAUUUCUUAGCAAGCACAAUGAUGUUGCUUGAGUUCUUGUGGAGCUCUGAUGAUAAAAAGGCCCUGUCUUUAUCAGUACCAUAAAAGGCAUUGACACAGCCUGCAGUCUAUUUUAAAACUCCUCUUUCAGUGAAGACCCUUUGUUUGAAUUAACAGGAGCUGGUUUUGGAGGCCUAAAAGGUCAUCUUAUAGAAACACUUUGAUUCUGAGGAUGAGAAAGAUGGCACGUGUAGGAAGUAAGAGUGAGGCUAUGAGGCAAAGAUCGUCAGUUCAUUAGCAGCUGGUCAACAUGGAUAAACACUGAUAAUCACCCUUUUGUCAUAAUAUGGCUAAAAGUCCAGGAUCAGAGGAAUGAAAAGGAAAAUGCAGACUAUUCUUUCUAACCAGAGAACAAGGGAAAUAUUUAGUAAAUGUGUAAGGGUAAAAAGCACUAACACUUUUCUUUCAUAUUAGAAGCCAAAAUGUUGAUCUCUGUUCUGGAAUUGUCAUCUAGGACUUUGGACCAUAUAUCCCACUCAGUUUAGUAUGAAAAAGAAGUCAGCCUUUCUGCCAAAGUACCCGUGAUAACUAGGAGAUUGAUCAGUGAUACAUAGAUUUGUCUUUAUAUAGAGUAGUUCACAAAGAUGAGCUGAGAGAUGGAGAGACACUACACCGCCUCACAGAGUGAAGAUAAACAGCUGUGAUUUUGUUUGUCAACAUACUGCUCUUAUGUGUGUUUUGGCAGGGUUGCAGCAUCUUUUCCACAGUGCAUGCUGUCCUGGGUUCUGUGAGGUUUGGGAACAGCCCUUCCUUUGAGAAGAACCAGCCUUGCAGAGUCAUGCCUGUGAAUACUUCACCAGUGCCAUAUAUCACAAUUGAUGAGGUAAACAUUACCAAAUGAGGAGAAAAGGAAGAUGUCAUCGGGUAUCGGCAGCAAGGCAUUCUUCUUCCCCAUGCAGUAUUAAGCACUCCCCCACGCGAGAAACCUUGACAUACGCUCAAGCUCAAAGAAUGGUUGAAAUAGAAAUUGAAGGUCGCCUGCAUAGGAUCAGUAUCUUUGAUCCUUUAGAGAUAAUAUUAGAAGAUGAUCUUACAGCCCAGGAGAUGAGUGAAUGCAACAGCAAUAAAGAAAAUAGUGAAAGACCACCGGUAUGUCUAAGAAGCAAACGGCAUAAAAAUAACAAAGUGAAAAAGAAAAAUGAAGCUCUCCCGAGCUCACAUGGUAUACCUGCUACAACAACUCCUCUUCCAGAACCAAAAGUACGGAUUGUUGAGUACAGCCCCCCUUCGGCUCCACGGAGACCUCCAGUUUAUUACAAAUUCAUUGAGAAGUCAGCAGAAGAACUUGAUAAUGAAGUUGAGUAUGACAUGGAUGAAGAAGAUUAUGCGUGGUUAGAAAUAAUAAAUGAGAAGCGGAAAAGUGAUGGAGUGUCAGUUGUUUCACAAAAUAUGUUUGAAUUCCUUAUGGAUAGGUUUGAAAAAGAGUCUUAUUGUGAGAACCAAAAACAGGGUGAUCAUCAAUCUUUAAUUGAUGAAGAUGCGGUGUGUUGUAUAUGCAUGGAUGGUGAAUGUCAGAACAGCAAUGUAAUCCUUUUUUGUGAUAUGUGUAAUUUAGCAGUACAUCAGGAAUGCUAUGGGGUGCCAUAUAUACCUGAGGGCCAGUGGCUCUGCAGACACUGUCUGCAGUCCCGUUCUCGGCCUGUAGACUGUGUGCUGUGCCCAAACAAGGGAGGUGCCUUUAAAAAGACAGAUGAUGAUCGUUGGGGACAUGUGGUGUGUGCUUUGUGGAUUCCAGAGGUUGGAUUUGCCAAUACAGUUUUUAUUGAGCCAAUUGAUGGUGUCAGGAACAUUCCCCCAGCCAGAUGGAAGUUAACGUGCUACCUCUGUAAACAGAAAGGUGUUGGUGCCUGCAUCCAGUGCCACAAAGCAAACUGCUAUACUGCAUUCCAUGUGACGUGUGCUCAAAAGGCCGGUCUAUAUAUGAAAAUGGAACCUGUGAAAGAACUAACUGGCAGUGGGACAACAUUCUCUGUAAAAAAGACUGCCUAUUGUGAUGUACAUACUCCACCAGGUUGCACACGGAGACCUCUAAAUAUUUAUGGAGAAGCUGAAAUAAAAAAUGGUGUUUGUAGAAAGGAGGGAUCUGUCAGAACUGCUAGGUCUACAUCAAAAGUCAGAAAAAAGACAAAAAAAGCCAAGAAAACUGUGGUUGAACCCUGUACAGUUAUGCCAACGGUAUCUGCUCCUUAUAUACCCCCCCAGAGAUUAAAUAAGAUUAUGAAUCAGGUGGCCAUUCAGCGGAAGAAGCAAUUUGUUGAACGAGUGCACAGUUACUGGUUGCUUAAAAGACUGUCUAGGAAUGGUGUUCCUCUCUUGAGAAGGCUGCAGUCCAGUUUACAGUCACAAAGAAACACACAACAGAGAGAAGAUGAUGAAGAAAUGCAAGCCUUAAAAGAAAAAUUGAAGUACUGGCAAAGGCUGCGCCAUGAUCUUGAAAGAGCACGUUUGUUGAUUGAACUUAUACGUAAGCGUGAAAAAUUAAAAAGAGAACAGGUCAAGAUUGAGCAGGUUGCUAUGGAACUUCAGCUUACUCCAUUUACUGUACUUUUGCGAUCAGUUCUGGAUCAGCUGCAGGAAAAGGAUUCUGCUCGGAUAUUUGCUCAGCCAGUGAACCUUAAGGAGGUUCCAGACUAUUUGGAUCAUAUUAAACAUCCUAUGGAUUUCUCUACCAUGCGAAAACGGUUAGAGGCUCAAGGCUAUAAAAACCUCAGUGAGUUUGAAGAAGACUUCAAUCUUAUCAUAGAUAACUGUAUGAAAUACAAUGCAAAAGAUACAAUAUUUUAUAGAGCGGCAGUGCGGUUACGAGAUCAAGGAGGUGUAGUUCUCAGGCAAGCUAGGCGAGAUGCUGAAGGAAUUGGUUAUAAUCAUGAAACUGGAAUGCACUUACCUGAACGGCCUAAACUUGAGUCACCCCAGCCUUUCUCUUGGGAAGAUGUGGAUAGGUUACUGAAUCCGGCAAACAGAGUGCAUAUGUCCUUGGAAGAACAGCUGAGAGAGUUGCUAGAAAAACUUGAUCUGACCUGUGCAAUGAAAUCCAGUGGCUCGAGGAGCAAAAGAGCAAAGCUGUUAAAGAAAGAAAUCAGCAUUAUUCGCAACAAACUUAGCCAGCAACACAACCAAGUUCCUCAAAUAGAAUCAGGUAUUGGAAGUUUUGAAGAAGAAAGUGCAGCAUUAGAACAAGAUGGAGAAGAGGAAGGAGAUAAAUCUCCCCCUAAACUUGAACCAUCAGAUGCAUUACCUCUUCCUUCAAACUUGGAGACUAAUUCAGAACCACCAACCCUCAAACCAGUAGAACUCAAUCCAGAGCAGAGUAAGCUUUACAAAAGAGUAAAAUUUGAUAAUGAAUUAUAUAGCACUUCCAUUCAGAAAGAAAUAAAUGGACACACUCCAGAACACUUACUUGACAGUAAUCUCAAUGAGUCGACUGUUUCUGCUGUAGCUGAGUCAUCAACUGAUGUAAACAGACGUACAUCCAUUCUCUUCUGCAAAUCGAAAAGUAUAAGCCCCCAAAAGUCUGCAAAGAACACUGAAACCCAGCCAACUUCUCCACAGCUAGGGACCAAAACCUUUUUGUCUGUAGUCCUUCCAAGGUUGGAGACACUUCUGCACCCAAGGAAAAGAUCAAGGAGUGCAUGUGGAGAUUCUGAGGUUGAUGAUGAGUCCCCUGUAAAGCGCUUGGAUACAGGUCUGUCAAAUGGUUUUGGAGAUGGAAGUAAAGAGAGAGCAUUAGAUGAUACUCCUGGAAGAAAAGUUGAACCUCGUCGUCGCUGUGCAUCAGAAUCUAGUAUUUCAUCUAGUAACAGUCUUUUGUGUAACACAAGUUUCAGCCUACCGAAGUGUGGUAAAGGUAAACCUGCACUUACACGAAGGCAUACACUGGAAGACCGAAGUGAAUUAAUAUCAUGCAUUGAAAAUGGAAACUAUGCCAAAGCAGCAAGAAUUGCAGCUGAAGUUGGGCAUAGCAGUAUGUGGAUUUCAAGUGAUGCUGCAACAUCUGUUCUUGAGCCUCUCAAAGUAGUAUGGGCCAAAUGCAGUGGAUAUCCCUCUUACCCAGCUCUGAUUAUUGAUCCUAAGAUGCCUCGUGUUGCUGGCCAUCACAACGGUGUUACUAUACCAGUGCCACCUCUGGAUGUACUGAAAAUUGGAGAACAAAUGCAGACCAAAUCUGAUGAGAAACUGUUUUUAGUGCUAUUUUUUGACAAUAAAAGAAGUUGGCAGUGGCUUCCCAAAUCCAAAAUGGUUCCCCUUGGAAUAGAUGAGACCAUAGACAAGUUAAAAAUGAUGGAAGGACGUAACUCAAGCAUACGAAAGGCAGUAAGAAUUGCUUUUGAUCGUGCUAUGAAUCACCUGAGUCGAGUCCAUGGAGAACCAGUCAGUGACUUCAGUGAUAUUGACUAACAGAGAUUCUACCAAGGCGUGAAACAUACCACACAGACUUGAACUCUACUAAUGAACCUCUUUGUCUAAAAGAAUGUAUUGAAGUUACAACCCCUUAAUUGUUGGUUCAGUGGCUGAGUUCUGCAAACUUGAAGUAGUCGAAUAAAUCUCCUAAAUCACCAUUGCCAUAUUGAUUAAUGAUUUUACCAUGUUGUAGUUUGGAGGAUUUUCCACUAAACCUAUUAAAAUGUCUUGUUCAUAGUGUUCAUAAUUGUACAUAAAUGUAUAUUCAACACUUAACUUAUUCUGAUUUUAGAAGUAGCUCUUUAAUUCCUUUUUUAAUUUUACUGGGGAGGGAGCUGGUUUUUGUUUCUGUGCUUUUUACUUUUCUUUCUUUCUUUCUGAGGUUAAGUUACCUAAGCACCAUCUUCCAGCUGAAGGUGUUUAGUGAGUCUUCAAGCCUAAUAUCAAAAUGGCAUCAAAUAUAUGUUUGCCUAAAUCAUAUACAAUAUGGUGCUGCUUUGUAUCAUUUCUUCCUUGGUCUGUAGCUUCUGAAAAAGACUUCUGAAUGUUUGUGUAAAUCAUUGCUCUUUGCACAAAGUACCACAUAUUUAAGAUUGAUGUAAAUUUACAAUUACAAAUAUGUAUUUUAAGAAAGGAAGUUGCAUUAUUUUGGAGGGUACUUUGUGAGAAAGGCAUCAAAAAAUAUACUAUGUACAUCACUUGCAAAUCACCAAAAACACUCCAUUGUUGCCCAAAAUAACUUGAUUGUUUUUGUU